UAACAACAGUUGCAAUACGUCGUCUAGUCUCUCGGCGACAGGUUUCCGAAGCUUGCACAUAGCAUUCGCACUGCUCUGACUGCUCGCCUGCAGCUCCACGCUGAGCCUGAAAACAGAUAGUCAAGGACACGAUACUGCAUUUGUGCUUUGAAGGUGAUUGAGCAGCACCUUUUUGUCCACCGUUCGGUUCAAGUGAGUAGCUCAGUUCAGGCUCAGGUUUGGGUUGUCCAACACGCCACUGGCUGCCGAAGCUUCAGUAGUCAGUAUCUCUCCCUCUCUAUCUUUGGUGUGCUGAGCGGUGGUACAGCACGCCAAUACAACGCGUAGGCAUUACACAGAGCCAAGGAGCCCAUCCAAGAGUGCAAGUCAAGAUGGCGAACCUGCCAACCGUGGAGAUCGAGAUGAUCGGAGACACAGUGUGUGCAUGGACGUGGGUUGGCAAACGACAUCUCGAGGAGGCCAUCGAACUGCGCAAGGACCAGGCCAAGUUUGAGCAGCGCUGGAGAUCGGUUUUCCUGGAUGAGAAGUUUAUGGGUGAGAAGACGACGCCACAUCUGGAGUGGCUAGCUGGCGAGUACGGGGCGGAUGUCGCCAAGCUAAUGGCCGACAAGAAGCUGGACCUGUUUACCAUGGGACAUGCAAAGGGCAUAGACUUUGAUACGUCCCGUCACAUGGCUGACUCAACGCGCUCCCACUGUCUGAUCCACUACGCCGGGUCGGUGGGUUUGGACGUGCAGGAACGUCUUGUUGAGCACCUGCUCAAGAUCCACUUCAAGGAUGCACGCAACGUCAAUGACAUGGACGUCCUGUUGGAGGCCGCUAAAGAGGUUGGAUUGGAGCUCGAAGCCAGCAAGGCUGCAAUGGAGGAUUCCAAGCUCAAGGAGCAAGUCUGGGCAGAGCAUCAGAGGGCGCGCAAAGAGCUCGGCGUCAAGGACCUGCCGUUUUUCGUCAUGUCGCUAAAGGGUCACUCCGACGAGGGGACGCCAAGGUCCUUCAAGCACGAUGAACCAACCGCAUGUCUUGUGGCCUGCAUCGAUGAGCUGCUCGCCAAACACCAGGGCAAUGGUGUUCAGUAAAACAGUCACUGCAUGCUGUAUACCAGCAUGAAAACAAACCGGCCCAUGUCAGUAGAACUCUAUGAUGCUAUGUGCUAUGUGGAGCAAGAACUUGCCUGAUCUGAACAGUGGACGUAGCUAUGGCAUAGGUUUUCCUGCCAGCACAUGUAUGGAUUUGGUGAACUGAUGUCUGAACGAUUUUUGGAGACUCUCUCCCAUUGCUUGCCAAACAACACACUUGAUCAUAGACGACUGGAGCAGGCAUGUAGCUGCUGAGUGCCAUGUCUCAUAGCCUAUUCUCAUUUUUCGUUGUCUUUGUGAAGAAACAAUUACCGAUAUGCAGGAUGGUCAUGCAAACGGUAGAGGGUAGGAGUUCUGGUGAUAAUACUGAUCCAUCCACUCUAAGUAGUUUAUUGCUUGAUAAUUGUAUUAAUAAUUUUAAAAAACUAUACAUGCUUUUAACCUCACGAAUCACAACACUUUUCUCACGGA